UGACUCCUUUGAACACACUUGGCUCCUCGGCUGCCAAGAAGCCAGCCUCCUCUUAGAGGAAAUUACAGACUGCACGUGGAUGUUGUCAACUACAUCAUUGAGGAAAACAAACAGGAAACCGCAUUAUAAAUAUGUACAUAAGUUUAGAUGUAAAACCUAAGCAGAAAGAAGGAUGAGUCAAGCAAUGGUUGCUUCUCCCAGCUGCUGGCAUCAUCACUUGGCAAAUAUUCAAUCCAAGAAUAUUGGGGAAUACAGUUUCAGUUCAGUUCAAAAUACAUACUCAUUUUCACCUUUAGUCAUGUGGAGGGGAAGAGAGAGACAUAGAGUCGGAGAUUAUAAGGAGAAAAAGAUGACUCAUAAAAUAUUAGCAAUGGAUGCUACUUCUUCCUCUCAUCGUCACGUGGCAAAUUUUGAAUCAACCGUUUGGGGAUAUCAUUUCCUCUCCUAUACUUCUCAACUUACCGAAAUUACUACCCAAGAAAAACUUGAACUAGAUGAGUUAAAAGAAAAAGUAAGGAACAUGUUAGCAGAAACUCCUGACAACAGUGCACAAAAACUUGUCCUGAUUGACACAAUCCAACGACUGGGAGUAGCAUAUCAUUUUCAUAAUGAGAUAGAAACAUCCAUUCAAAACAUCUUUGAUGCAUCCCAACAGAGUACUCAAAAUGAUGACAACCUUUAUGUUGUAGCUCUUCGUUUUCGACUACUGAGGCAACAAGGGUAUUACAUAUCUUCUGAUGUGUUCAAGCAAUUCACAAACCAUGACGGGAAAUUUAAGGAAACUACUCUUAAGAAUGAUGUCCAAGCAUUACUAAGUUUGUACGAAGCAGCACAUCUCAGAAUACACGAGGAGGAGAUUCUUGAAGAAGCUCUUACCUUUACCACCACUCAUCUCGAGUCCAUGCUCCCCAACUUGAGCAACUCGCUUAAAGUUCAAGUUACCAAAGCGUUAAACCAGCCGAUUCGCAAAACCGUACCAAGGGUGGGAGCAAGGAACUACAUAGACAUAUAUGAAAAUAUUGAAGCGCACAAUAAUUUGCUUUUGAAAUUUGCAAAGUUGGAUUUCAACAUAUUGCAGAAGUUGUACCAGGAAGAGCUUAGCGACCUUACAAGGUGGUGGAAAGACUUAGACUUGUCAAGCAAAUUUCCAUAUGCAAGAGAUAGGUUGGUGGAGGUCCACUUCUGGGUGGUGGGAAUAUAUUUUGAACCUCGAUAUAGUUGUGGGAGAAGAAUGCUAACAAAAGUAAUCAAAUUGGCCUCCAUAAUUGAUGACACAUUCGAUGCUAAUUACGCAACCUUUGAUGAACUUGUACUUUUCACGGAUGCGAUCCAGAGAUGGGACAUAAGUGCUCUGGAUUCAUUACCACCAUACAUGACACCUCUUUAUCAAGCCCUUCUAGAUGUUUACAACGAAAUGGAAGAAGCAUUAACCAAAGAAGAUAAAUCUAACCGCAUCUACUAUGCAAAAUAUGAGAUGAAAAAGCUAGUGAGAGCCUAUUUUAAGGAAGCUGAAUGGUGUGACGGUGGCUACAUUCCGAGUCAUGAGGAGUAUAUGGAAGUUGCACUUGUAACCUCUACCGUAUUGAUGGGUGGAACGACUUCCUUGGUUGGUAUGGAGGAAUUUAUAACAAAACAAACUUUUGAAUGGAUCAUAAAUGAGCCGUUGAUUUUUCGAGCUUCAUCAGCUAUCUGCAGAUUAAUGGACAGUAUUAUUGACCAUAAAGAGGAACAACAAAGAGGACAUGUAGCUUCAAUUGUUGAAUGCUACAUGAAAGAACAUGGAACAUCAGAGCAAGAGGCAUACAUUGAGAUCCAGAAUGAAGUCACGAAUGCAUGGAAAGACAUAAAUAAGGAAUUCCUCCGCCCUCUGGAAAUGGAAGUGCCAAUGUUUGUCCUCGAACGAGCUUUAAAUCUUGCACGCAUAUCACAUACUUUUUUCAAAGAUGAGGAUGGAUACACAAAUCCCAGAUCCAAUGUCAAAGAACUAAUUACUUUGUUGUUUGUUGAAUCUGUCAACGUAUGACAAUAAUAAUGUCGAAGCAUUUUGCAUGUUCUGGAGAUGUAACAUUUUUUCUGAAUAAACUAUUUUUGUUACUGAA